AUGGCGGCUUGCGCACGCUUGCCUGGGAUCCGCAAGACUGGAGAUUUGCCGGCUAAGGACUUGCCCUUCUUCGUGAUUGGCUCAGCCUACAUGGCCUUCUCUUUGCCAUUGCGUUGCCCCGGCCGCCUUGGCUUUGCCCUGUCUGUUUCCGCCACCUCGCGCACGGGCGAGCCGCUUUCCGUGCCGGACUACGUGCACGUGGACCCCUCGUCGCUUUUGCGGAGCCCUUGCCGCCUGGAGCCGGCGCUGUCCGCGUACGGCGCCACGCGCUCGGAAGCAGCACCGCUGGUCUUGGACGCGGCGCACGCGGGAAGCUCCCCGCUGCCCCGCACCUCUUGCCGCAUGGGCUCGACCCUGUUGAUCUUCGGCAUGCAGCGCUUGGACCCUUUGCCUUUGGCGCCGGACCUUUUGCAGAUGGAUUUUGCCCCCUCCUUGCGAAGCUUCUUGCGCUUGGGGCUUAUGGCGCCCACCUAUGGCAUCAGCACCCUGGGCUCCUUGCCGCCUGCCUUGGACCAUGUGACCUUGGGCUCCACGCCUUUGAUCCGAGCCUUUAUGUGCUCGGAAAGCUCUUUGUCUGCUUAUGGCCUGGCACGGUUUGGGUUCUCACCGCUGGUGCUGGACCCUGUGAAUCUGGCCUCCUCUUUACCAGCGCGGUCAUCCAUGCGCUUGGGCCUGCUGCUGUCUGUCUGGGGCCUGGCGCGCUUGGGCUCCACCCCUUCUGCCUCGGAUUUUGUGACCGUGGCUUUGUCCAUGUUCUUGCGGCAGCUUGUGUGCUCCGACUUCUUUCCGCUGCUCUACGGCAUGCUGCGGCCGGACUUUGCGCCUUUGACAACUGACUGCGUGAACUUGGGGCCCUCCCCACUUCCCAGGAGCUUUCUGUAUCUUGAGCUUGUGGUGUCAGUCUAUGGCAUGAUGCGUCUGGACUUGGCCCCUUCCGCCACGGACUUUCUGCACCUGGGUUCGCCUCUGUCUCUUCACAGCUUCAUGUGCCUCGGCCUCGGCACGUUUGUGGCGGGUGUGGCCAGGAUGGGUUCAUCCCCGUUGGCGUCGGAUCAUGUGAUGCCAGGCUCGGCCGUGCCGUUGCGCUCCUCCAGCCGUCCAGGGCCCAUGCCUCCGGUUUUCGGCAUGACGUGGCUGGGCUGCCCACUUUCCGUGUUGGACUUCGGGGACUCCGGCAGCUCCACGCCGGCUCGCAGCUGCUUGAAGGUCGGGUCCAUGCUUUUGCCCUACGGCAUGACCUGCACGGAGCCUGCGCUGUUGGCCCUGGACUUUGUGAAUGCGGGCUCCGCCCCGUUUCCGCAGACCCUCCUGAGGUCUGACGUGUCACCCCCAACUUAUGGCUUCACCAAGCUGGGGCUGCCACUGCUGGCGCUGGACUUCUUGCAGCCGGGGCCGGCGCCUUUGCUCCGCAGCUCUGUGCAAGUCGGGCCUUUGCUGCCCACCUACGGCCUCACCCGGCCGGGUGCCUCUCCACCCGCCUGUGAUCUCCCCACCUCAGGCCUUCCUUUGCCUCUGCAGAGCCUCAUUCGCCUGGACCCCACGGCGCCGGUCUACGGCUUCACGGCUUCGGGCCCCUCUUCGCCGGUACUGGACCACGUGUACUUGGGCUCCGCGCUUCCGCCACGGAGCAUGUUCCUCCCAGAACCCAAACCUUCGGCCUUCGGCAUGUCUCGACCCGGCUUGCCCUUACUGCCUUUGGACCCUAUUCACCUGGGCUUCGCGGCUUCGCCCCAAAGUUGCGUGUGGCUGGGCCUUUCGACUUCGGCAUACGGCAUGGCGCGCCUGGGCUUCUCCUUGUUGGCCUUGGACCUCGUGCAGCUCGCGAGCCCUCUGAGCCUUCGCAGCUUCAUCCGCACCGAGUUCACCUCACCGGCCUUCGGGAUGUGCCGAGCGGAAGCCUCCCCGCCGGCGUUGGACCACGUGACUUUUGGCUUCGCCAUGUUCAUGCGGAGCAUGGUGCGCACGGGGCCCAUGUCGUUGGCAUAUGGACUGAACCGGCCCGCGCCCCCGCCCUUGAUCCUGGACUUGAUCAAAGUGGGCCUGCCGCCGUCUUUGCAUGGCCUCACACGCCUGGGAUCCACAUUGCCCCCUUCUGGCCUUGCGAGGCCGGGCUUUUUCUUGCUUGCACUGGAUGCACAUUACCCGGGCUCCUCCUCAUUUUUGCGCUCUCACCUCCGCACUGGCUCCACUUCACCCACCUCCGGCCUGACCCGCUCAGGCGCCGCCUUGUCAGCGCCCGACACCAUCCACGCAGGCCUGACGUCGCCGCUGCGAUCUUUUAUGCGGGCGGGCGCCGCCAUGUCGGCCUACGGGCUCGCGCGCUUGGACUCGAGCGCUCCUGUGCCGGACUCUGCCGAGUUCGGAAGCCCUGCGCUGCUGCGUAAACCUGUGUGCCUUGGGGUGGCCAUGCCUCUUUAUGGCAUGACUCGGUUGGACCUUUCCUUGCCUGCCUUAGACUUUUUUAUGCCGGGAUUGUCCUUGCCUCUACAAACCUUAGGAUGUUUGGGUGGUGACCCGUCAGCAUACGGCAUGACACGUUCGGGCCUCCCUUUGCCCGUGCUGGACUUCAUGCAUUUGGAGCCGACUCUGCUCAUCCGAAGCCUUUGCCGAUCUGACUCCUUGCUGCCAGCCUAUGGCAUCUCUUACCUCUGCUCCAGUCUGCCAGCCCUGGACUCUGUGCAAACGGGCCCCAUGCCGUCCUUGCAAUAUCACGCUCGACCUGGGCUGGCCUCGCUGGCUUAUGGCAUGACGCGCUUGGGGCCCUCAUCGCCGGCGUCGGACUCUGCCCAUUUGGACUUGUUUCUGUUGCCGCGGUACCACUCUCACUCUGGCAGCUCUUUGUUGGUCUACGGUAUGGGCCGGCUGGGAUCCUCGCUUUUGGCCCUGGACCUCUUUCACGCGGACCUGCCCCUGUUGUUGCACAGCCACUUGCGGAUGUCUUCCAGCUUGUCGGUCUAUGGACUCAGCAGACUUGGCCCAAGCAUUUCAGCGUUAGACCUCAUUCACGCAGACCUUGCGCUGUUGUUGCGAUCUGCCUUCCGCCCAGGGUUGGUGCCUUCCGCCUAUGGCAUGACAAACUUGGACCUCACACCCUUGGUGCUGGACCACGUGAGCGUUGGCCCGUCGCUGCCGCUGCAAGGAUUCUGUCGCUUUGGCUCAUCACUGUUGGCCUUCGGCAUGGUGCGCCUUGGUUUGCCUCCCUUGGCCCUAGACUCCGUGCACAUCGCCUCUUCGUUGCUGUCGCGUGCCUUUGCACGACUCGGCUCGACGCCUUUGCUCUUCGGAAUGACACGGCUGGGGUUGUCGAUGCCCACGCCGGCCGUCACCGCUUUCGGCUCCUCCCUGCCGCUCCGCGCACAUUGGCGCCUCGGCAGUUUGUUGCCCACCUACGGGAUCUCCCGACUCGGCGCGCCUUUGCCGGCGCCGGACCUUCUGAACGUCGGGCCCAUGUCGCCGCUCCAAGGACCUGCACGCUUGGGCCUAACUUUGUUCGUGUUCGGGGUGUCGCGGUCAGGGCCGUUUUUGUCGGUACCAGACCUCCUUCACUUGGAGCCCACCGCCUUGGUGCGUGGCUUCGUGCGUGUCGACCCAGCUUCGUCGACCUUCAAUUGCGUCCGCCCGGAGCCGCCGCUGCUGCUGUCGGACCUCAUGAGCUAUGGCAGCACUUCGUUUCUGCGAAGCUUUGCGUGGUUGGGGCUGGCACUCCUGGUCUAUGGCUUGACCAAACUGGAGUCACCACUGCCGACCCUGGACCUCCUGAAUUGCGGAAGCAUGUCGUUGCUGCGAAGUCUCAUGUGA